GCCAACGUUCUGAGACUUAUGAAAUAGAAAGUGAAAGCAAAAAUAAGUCCCCCUCCAUUCAAAUCGGCAACAACGUGGCUUAAGAUUAAAUCAAUGUAAUAAAACAUUGUUCAAAUCCUAUGUGAAACAACUGGAGCCGAUAUAGUGCUAUGAAGAACUACGAGAGUUAGUCUGGAGAGCAACGUAUCUUCUAGAGAAUAGAUUUGACAUUCCACUCUUCUGCAAUGGUUAAUUCACACAGAAAACUAAUACUUAAUGUUUACAUAGGAUUUUACUGUACAGCAAUCAUCUUACCUAAAAUAUGCAUUUGUUCUCGGUUCUCCAUGCCAUCUAGUGAUCAGUUCAAUCAGGACCCUGGGGCUUUCCCAGAGGCCACCAAUGGAGAACCAUUUCCUUGGCAUGAGCUAAGGCUCCCCAACACGGUCAUUCCCCUCCACUAUGACCUUUUUGUUCACCCAAACCUCACCUCCCUGGACUUCGUUGCAUCUGAGAAGAUUGAAGUCUUAGUCAGAGAUGCCACCCAAUUUAUCGUCUUACACAGCAGAGAUCAUGAAAUCAUGAAUGCCACCCUUCAUUCAGAGGAAGAUUUGAGAUACAGGAAGCCGGGGAGACAGCUGGAUGUGUUGAGUUAUCCUGCUCACGAGCAAAUUGCUCUGCUGGUUCCAGAGAAACUUAUGGCUGACCUGAAAUACUAUGUGGCCAUUGACUUUCAGGGCAAGUUAGCUGAUGGCUUUGUAGGGUUUUAUAAAAGCACGUACAGAACUCUUGGCGGUGAAAUAAGAACAAUCGCAGUGACAGAUUUUGAGCCAACCGAGGCAAGAAUGGCAUUCCCUUGCUUUGAUGAACCGUCGUUCAAAGCCAACUUUUCAAUCAAGAUAAGAAGAGAGAGCAGACACAUCGCACUAUCCAACAUGCCAAAGGUUAAGACGAUUGAACUUGAAGGAGGCCUCUUGGAAGAUCAUUUUGAAACUACUGUAAAAAUGAGUACAUACCUUGUAGCCUACAUAGUUUGUGAUUUCAAGUCUGUGAGUGGGACAACCUCAUCAGGGGUCAAGGUGUCCAUCUAUGCAUCCCCAGACAAAUGGAGUCAAACUCAUUAUGCUUUGGAGGCAUCAUUGAAGCUACUUGAUUUUUAUGAAAGCUACUUUGAUAUCUACUAUCCACUCCCAAAACUGGAUCUAGUUGCGAUUCCUGACUUUGAAGCUGGAGCCAUGGAAAAUUGGGGCCUCAUCACAUAUAGAGAAACAUCACUGCUCUUCGAUCCAAAGACCUCUUCUGCUUUUGAUAAACUAUGGGUCACCAGAGUCAUAGCCCAUGAAUUAGCACACCAGUGGUUUGGCAACCUGGUUACAAUGGAAUGGUGGAAUGACAUUUGGCUCAAUGAGGGUUUUGCAAAGUACAUGGAACUCGUCUCUGUUAAUGCGACAUAUCCAGAGCUACAAUUUGAUGACUAUUUUCUGGAAGUGUGUUUUGAAGUCAUUAAAAGAGAUUCACUAAAUUCAUCCCAUCCUAUCUCCAAUCAAGCAAAAACCCCUACUGAAAUACAGGAAAUGUUUGACACAAUUUCCUACAACAAGGGAGCUUGUAUUUUAAAUAUGCUCAAGGAUUUCUUGAGUGAAGAGAAAUUUCAGAACAGAAUUAGCUGGUAUCUCAAAAAACUCUCAACUGGCAGUGCCCGAAUGGUAGUGCUCUUUAUUCUUGUUCUAUAGGGUUGUUUAGAAGGUGAUUUUACAUCUGGUGGAGUUUGUUAUUCUGAUUCCAAGAGGACACACAGCAUACUCACCUUUCAGGGGGAAGAUGUGGAGGUCAAAGAGAUGAUGGCUACGUGGACUCUGCAGAAAGGAAUCCCCCUCGUGGUGGUUGAACGAGAAGGACGUACGCUCAAACUGCGACAGGAGCGCUUCCUGAGCGGGGUGUUCAAAGAGGACCCUGGCUGGAGGGCCCUGCAGGAAAGGUACCUUUGGCACAUCCCAUUGACCUACACCACGAGUUCCUCUAAUGUGAUUCACAGACACAUUUUAAAAUCAAAGACAGAUAUUCUGGAUUUACCUGAAGAUACCAGCUGGGUGAAAUUCAAUGUGAACUCAAAUGGCUACUAUAUUGUUCACUAUGAGGGGCAGGGAUGGGACCAGCUCAUUCAACAGCUGAAUCAGAACCACACACUCCUCAGACCUAAGGACAGAACAAGCCUGAUCCACGAUGCAUUUCAGCUAGUAAGUGCAGGAAGGUUGACCCUAGAUAAAGCUCUCGACCUGACCCGCUAUCUCCAACAUGAAACAAGCAGCGUUGCACUCCUCAAAGGUCUGGGAUACUUAGAAUUGUUUUACCACACGAUGGACAGAAGGAACAUCUCAGAUGUCACUGAAAACCUCAAGCAUUACCUUCUCCGGUAUUUCAAGCCAGUGAUUGACACGCAAAGCUGGAGCGACGAGGGCUCCGUCUGGGACAGUAUGCUCCGCUCCACCCUGUUGAAGCUGGCCUGUGACCUGAACCAUGCUCCUUGCGUUCAGAAGGCAACUGACCUCUUCUCUCAGUGGAUGGAAUCCAGUGGGAAAUUAAAUAUCCCAACAGAUGUUUUAAAGAUUGUGUAUUCCGUGGGUGCUCAGACAACACCAGGAUGGAAUUACCUUUUGGAGCAAUAUGAACUGUCAAUGUCAGGUGCUGAAAAAAACAAAAUUCUGUAUGCAUUGUCAACCAGCAAACACCAGGAAAAGUUAAUGAAAUUAAUUGAACUAGGAAUGGAAGGAAAGAUUAUCAAGACACAAGACUUGGCAUCUCUUCUUCAUGCAAUUGCUAGAAAUCCAAAGGGACAGAAAUUAGCCUGGGAUUUUGUAAGAGAAAAUUGGACCCAUAUCCUUAAAAAAUUUGGCUUGGGCUCAUUUGAUGUGAGAAUAAUCAUCUCUGGCACAACAUCUCACUUUUCUUCCAAGGAUGAGUUACAAGAGGUGAAACUGUUCUUUGACUCUCUUAAAGCUCAAGGAUUACAUCUGGAUAUUUUUCAAACUGUUCUGGAAACCAUAUCCAAAAAUAUUAAGUGGCUGGAGAAAAAUCUUCCCACUCUAAGGACGUGGCUACUGGCUAGGACUUAAAUGGUCAGUACAAAGAGCACAUCAGAUGCACAUUACAUCUGCGUGAAAUUGGCAAAGCUCAAGUCAGAGUUCCAGAUAUUUUGUCUACGAAGCCUCAAGAAAUCAGCCAGCAUGUUCUAAGCUAUGGUCCCUUGUGGACCAGUGAAUGACAUUAAAGGUAGGGUAAGGCCGGUUCAGUAGCCUUUUUAAAAGUAAACUUUCUGAAUAAUGAAGAUAUGGGGAGAUACAGAUAUAGACAUAUAGAUAUACCUGUAAUAGUUUAGCUGCAACACAAACUACCUACAUUGCCUCACAUUGUGCCCCGCUUUUGCUGCUUUGCUGCUUUUUAAGCUUGCCUGGUAUCCUGGAGUUUACCCAACAGUUUACUUCCAGGAAAACAGCCGAUCCAUGAAGUAAAUCUUUCGUUUGCAUCCUGGUAUCUCCCACUCUCCCUGUUCUUGAACUUAGCCUGAGUAGUUUAAUUAUUACCAUUUAUGGGAAAUCUGAAUCAAAUAUAAAGGAAACAUCAGGAUAACAGAGUCUCUGUCACCAAAUCUCAGAUUAUUAGAAACGAGAUGUCAGAGUUUAUCCAGGAGGCCAGGAGGGCCUCUUGGCUUGAGCCUCAUAUUCACAAAGAGCCUCAGGAUAACCUUUGGAGGUCUUCUCCAAAGGAAGUAAAAUCUAUAGUCACAGAGAUACAGGAGAGAAAGACUAUACCACACCACUUUAAUCCAUACACUGUUGCAUUUUUUAUAAAUCUUUUGAAAGUUGCAGAAUUAGAUUAUAUUGUAUAUAUUUGGGUUAAAUAGUGGUUUAAUGUAAAUAUUUAAAUGCAUCAUAUUUUUGUAACCCAAUUUUGGUAUUUCUUCAUGUUUUAAGGGAACCUCUUGAUCUCUGAAAUGCUUUUCUAAAUGCUUCUCUUAAUUGUUUGAAUAAGAUAUUUGGAA